UUGUCACGUGUCCUUGAAUCCCAAGAAGAAGGAGCAGAAGGCGCAUGCGCGCUGUGCCCCAGCCAGUAGGCGCUUCCCGUCCGGUUCGUCAGGUUCUGGUCCGACGUGCCGAUGCCGGGACUGCUUCACCGGAGCCUGAGCGCCACGCGGCGGCUCACCGGACCGCCGGUUCGGUUCUGGGGCCGCUCGACACGCGCCAGGAGCGCGUGUCCCCCGGAAGUGGGAGCCGCGCGCGUCCGGGAGACCUUCUUGGACUUCUUCCAGCAUCAACACGAACAUCGACUGGUACCUUCCUCCCCGGUCCGGCCCAGAGGGGACCCGAGUCUGCUGUUUGUCAACGCCGGAAUGAACCAGUUCAAGCCGCUCCUGCUGGGCACGGUGGACCCCCGCAGCGACAUGGCGUCGUACCGGCGGGUGGUGAACAGUCAGAAGUGCGUGCGAGCAGGUGGCAAACACAACGACCUGGAGGACGUGGGCAAGGACGUGUACCACCACACCUUCUUUGAGAUGCUGGGCAACUGGUCCUUCGGAGACUACUUCAAGGAAGAGGCGUGUGCCAUGGCGUGGAGCCUCCUCACCCAGCACUACGGCAUACCUGCUGACAGACUCUACGUGUCCUACUUCGCCGGGGACCCCCGUUCGGGUCUAGCGGCUGACGAGGAGACUCGGCAGAUCUGGUUGGAACUGGGGGUCCCUGCGGCCCGCCUUCUUCCCUUCGGCCUGAAGGAGAACUUCUGGGAGAUGGGGGACACGGGCCCCUGUGGCCCCUGCACUGAGAUCCAUUACGACCACGUGGGCGGGAGAGACGCCGCCCUGCUGGUCAACACACACUGUCCUGACCUGGUGGAGGUCUGGAACCUGGUCUUCAUGCAGUACAACAGGGAGGCGGAGCUCCAGUUGCGUGCCCUGCCCCAUCAGAGCGUGGACACGGGGAUGGGACUGGAGAGACUGGUCCGCAUCCUUCAAGGCAAAAAGUCCAACUACGAUACGGACCUCUUCGUCCCGCUGUUGGACGCCAUCCAGCAGAGAAGUGGCGUGGAGGCGUACGGCGGCGGGACGCAGGUGGACGUGGCCUACAGGGUGGUGGCUGACCACGUGCGCACGCUGGCGGUCUGCAUUGCUGACGGGGUCCAUCCUGGCAUGUCGGGGGCGGAGUUGGUGCUGAGGAAGAUCCUCAGGCGAGCCGUCCGAUUUUGUGUGGAAGUUCUGCGGGCUCCUCCGGGGACUCUGGCCAGCCUGGUGCCCACCGUGGCACACACCCUGGGCCAGGUGUAUCCUGAGCUGCACCGUGAGGCCGACAGAGUGAUGGACGUCAUCAACCAGAACGAGGAUCACUUCCUGUCUUCUCUGCAGCAGGGCAGCAAUCUGAUUGGACGAACACUCCGCAUGAUGCAAGACACACACCAACUCUUUCCUGCGGCGGUGGCGUGGUCUCUGCACAGGGACCUGGGUUUUCCUCUGGACCUGGUGGACCUGAUGCUGGAGGAGCGAGGAGUCUUGGUGGACCGUCAGCAGCUGGACCUGCUGAUGGCACAGAACCACAAGGCGGCGGUGGAGCACGGCGACGCCCCCCCUCUUCUGGCGAUGAGCGUGGCCACCUUGGCAGAGCUGCAGCGCCUUGGAGUGACUCACACGGACCAGCGCCUCAAGUACCAGUACAGACUGGAGCAGAAGCGCUACGUCUUCCCAGCAUGCCGAGCGUCGGUGGUGGCGCUGUUUGACGGCCAGCGGCUGGUGUCGCACGUGGAGGAGGGCCAGCGCUGCGGCGUCAUUCUGGAUCGGACCUCCUUCUACGCCGAGCAGGGGGGGCAGGCGGCCGACCGGGGCUACUUGGUGCGGGACGACCUGCAGGAAGUGCCUUUCUCCGUGGAGGCCGUGUUCCGGGCAGGGGGGUACGUGGUCCACCAGGUGACGGCCGCCCACACCCUCCAGACGGGAGACGCCGUGCACCUCCACCUGGACCAGGCCCACCGCUUGGCGUGCAUGGUCAACCACACGGCCACGCACCUGCUCAACCUGGCCCUCAGGAAGGUUCUGGGCCCCUCGGUCCAGCAGAGAGGCUCCCACCUGUCGGCGGACCGCCUCCGCCUGGACUUCAGCUACAAGGGCUCACUGAGCAGGGGCCAGCUGCAGCAGGUGGAGGAUUGUGUCAACCAGGUGGUGCUGGCCAACCAGCCGGUCUACGUCCAGGAAGUAGCCCUGCAGAGCGCCAAGAGCAUCGCGGGUCUCAGGACGGUGGACGAGGUGUACCCUGACCCGGUUCGGGUGGUGUCGGUGUCCGUUCCGGUCUCUGAGCUGCUGGAAGAUCCCACGGACAGACACACGUCGGUGGAACUCUGCUGUGGAACUCACCUGCUGCACACCGCCGCCAUCCACGACCUCGUCAUUGUGUCCGAGAAACAGCUGGUCAGAGGAAUCAGUCGGGUUGUCGCGGUGACGGGACGUGACGCAACACAGGCUCGAGAGGCGGGGCAGUCACUACUUCAGGAUGUGGAAUCGCUGUCAGCCAGAAUGACAAGCUCCGCCUCCUCUUGUCUGGACUCCGCCCAGAGUCUGGCCAAGGAAGUGGGCGUGCUCUCUGACGCAGUGGACAACACGCCCAGCCCCCAGUGGCUGCGUGCUGAACUGCAGGCGCGCCUGAAGACUCUGCAGAGGAGCAGCAACACUGCAGUCAGGAAGAUCCAGACCAAAGAGGCAGCAGUGCAGGCUCAGAGUCUGCUGGACAAGAACGAGGACAUAGACCUUCUGGUGGAUUCUGUGGAGGCGGAGUCUCUUUCGGUGGUGAUGAAGACUGUCAAUCAGCUGAGCUGGGCCCGCCCUCAAAGUCACGUGAUGCUGCUGGCGCACCAAAGGCAUUCUGGGAAAGUUUUUUGUGCUUGUCAGGUGCCAAAGGACUCUGCGGCGCUCUCGGCUUCGGACUGGGCGGUGGCGGUGUGUCGCCAGCUGGGCGGCGACGGCGGGGGCACCGCUGUGGUGGCUCGGGGGACAGGAAGUAGCGCCGACAUCACACAAGCUGUCAGGUGGGCGGAGCAGUUUGCCCGCAGGAUCCUUGAUGGCCGGCGUCCGCAGGAACAGGAAGUGACAUCAGGAUCCUUGAUGGCCGGCGUCCACAGGAACAGGAAGUGA